AAAUUCAGUCCGGUUUUGAAAUUGUCGCUGAGCGCAACGUUUGAAGCCAAACCAAUUCUCGCGUGUGUGUUUGUGUGAAAGGUUUCUUCCAGCAAACGUCAAGUUCCUAAGUCUUUGACUAAGUAGCUCUGAACGCUCGCAGCAGCAGUCCAGUGUAAGCGUGUAUUUUAUGAGAAAAACUACAAGUCAGCUUUUGAUGCGCUAAAACGGUGUUUUUUGUGUUGCUGAUAACUUUUGUGUAGCCGUCGGGUUUUUGUCGUUUGCGAAUUUUCGUGUCCGCUGUGUGAAAGAUUUUUGAUAAAAAUUAAGUGCAAAAAUAAGUUGAUAAAAUAGAAAUUUUCUGAUUGCUGUAAAGCUUAAUAAAACUACUAAAUUUUGCUAAGUCCGCAAAUUCAGGCAAAUACUAUAAACAACAAGCAAACACAAAGUGGCAUAACUGAAACAGUUUUGGCAGCGUAAAAGUUGAAGGAUGUGUUGUGAAACAUCCGCUGUCGAUAAACGAAACUGAUGUGGAAGAAUUACUAUGGUUUAAAACGUCAUUAGCGACAACAACAGCAACAGCAGAAACCAGCAAAGCGCUCUCUCACUAACUACUCACACUUAGAAACGUCAAAAAUACGAAACUAUCUAUACUCAACAAAAGAACAACAACAACAAAACGCACUAAACAGAACUCCUUGUUUAAGGAUCUAAUAACAGAAAAAAAAGCAAAAAUCAGCGAGCAACACACGACAAAAUGGUGUUGGUAUUGAACGGUGUCUUACAGGACGAUUGUCCAAUGGACACAAACAGUCUCUUCCUACAGCAUCCCGUUUACAGAGAUUAUGCCCAGCAACUGCUCUCCAUACCAAGAAAGUCGGUGGGCCCAGUGGGUCUGCUCUACGUGGGCCAACGUGAAAUGGCCGCUGCAGCGCCGCACGACAAGAACAUCAACAUUAUCGGCGCCGACGAUGCCACAACCUGCAUUAUUGUUGUGGUCAGACAUUCAGGUUCAGGCGCUGUGGCUUUAGCGCACUUCGAUGGCAACGGCAUAGACGAGGCUGUCUGCACAAUGGUUGCACGCGUCCAAGAGUUGGCCUUAGGUUAUCCAGAGGGACGUAUUGAGUUGCAAUUAAUUGGUGGCUACCGAGAUCCACAAGGUUAUGGCGAGGAGGUCUUCUACAGCAUAAUGCAAUCAUUCCAUAAGCAUCAUCUCGAAAUCGACUUGACUCAAGCCUGCGUCGGUGAGCUAAACACCAUACUGCGUGGCGAUAUCAACUAUCCGAUUAUAUACGGCGUUGGUGUUAACAUAAAAACCGGUGAAAUAUUCCCAGCAACUUUUCUAGAUCGAGGACCGGACAGACAAUUGCGUGAUGCUCGCAACUUCAUGGGUGCACAAUCGGUCUUGGACAUUUAUGACUCCUCCUUGGGCAUGUUGCGUAUCGGCCCCUUCAAUUAUGAUCCAUUGCGCGGCGCUGAUUUGUGGCUAUCACAGACAGAUGAAUUCCUCUUGCAACACCUAUCGACGAGUCCGGACGUUGAGCCGCCUCACUUCACAAUGCAGAUACGCGCAACAAUAAAAUUCAUACAGGAUAAUCAAUUCCCCGCAAUCACCGUGUUUCGGGACAAUCGGCCACGCUACUAUCGGCGCGACGAGUCUACGGGCUGCUGGACUUUGGUUAGAUAUUAAUUACGAAUAAACGCACACUCACACAUGCAUCCAUAUACAUACAUAUAUGUAAACAAUACGUGCUCGCAUAUUUGCAUAGUUUGCGCUUAAAGCGAAUAUUCACUUAAGUGUUAUUAAGCUGCGCUUUUACUUUGUUGUUUUAAAUGUCCGCCUUAGCUGCUCCGUUCACUCUAUGGCUGCUCUGUACUUUUGUACUCGUAUGUAAAUUGUAUUUUUGCCUUUAUUAUGAAUAAUUUAUGUUUUAUUUUUUACUGCUGAACUUUUUUCACUUUUUUGUUAAUUAUUUUUUUUUUUUAGUGUUUUGCUCUGCUUCAAUUUUGUAUUUCAAUGUUUUCAAGCACGUUGCUUCAGUGUAGGCACUAAUUGUGCUUUUAUUGUUUUGUUUUUAGUUUUUCUUACUAUUACUUUUAAGCUCUCUUUGUUAAAUGUAAACUAUGUUGUAUUGUAAUAUUUUAUUUUGCAACUUUGAUGGCAGCUUUGCAAUCGAAAAUUAAAAUUUUGUUUUGUAUUUGCCUCGAAAGCAGCAGGAGACGCAUACACGCAUAUGUGUAUGUACAUAAAGUUAAGAGCUUAGCAUAUUUAUACGAUUUUAGAAGUUAUUAGUAUAGUAGCUAAACAUAAUAUUAAAAAGUAGCGAGAUUUGUGAGUCGAAAUUUCUAAUUAUACUUGAAGAUGUAAUUGUAUAUAGGUAUUUAAGCUAGAGCAUUAGUAUGAAUUUGAUAUUGAAUUCGUUUUUUUUUUAACACUUAAGUGCUGUAGUCUAUAUAAACUAUGUUCUUGUAACCGAUUGCUGAGUCUAUAAGACUAUAUAUUUAGUAGGUAUAAUCGUUUUUGUUUUUUGUGCGCGUAAAGUAAUAGAAAAUAAAAAGAAAUGCUAAUUAAAUAUUAUAGUAAAAAACUAAAAUAAUAAAACUAAUUCGUAAAAAAUUGUAAUAAAUUGAAUAAAUUUAUAAUUACAAAAUAAUUCGUAAAAAAAUUUAUAAAUAGUCUAAAUUUACAAUAAACUAAAAUAAAAAGUAAUAAAAAAUAUUAUUAAUAACUAUAAGCAAAUAAAAAUUAUAUAGAAUAUUAAACAAUACAUAGCAAAAUAAAUUAAAAUUUAAAAUCGAUAAAUAUAAUAAAAAAAAUAUAAUAGUUAUUAAAAAAAUAUAAUAAUUUUAAAUGUUUAUAACUUAUAAAUAAAUAUUUAAAAUUAAGAAAUAUAAAACAAAAAAUUAUAUAAAUAAUAAUAAUUAUUUCAAAAUAAAUGCGAACUAGACCGUAACAUAAAAAAGAUGAACACGAUCUAACGUGCAUAAUAUAUUAAAAUCGCAAAAAAAAAUAUUCGACCUUUGAACUCGGGUAUUUUCACAUAAUAGAAUGAUGAGAACUUCCAGUAUGUUAUUUUUUAAACAUGUUUUGAAAAAAUUCAAACGAACAGCUUGUUGUAAAUUUAUGUAACUUCACUUACAUUUUCUAUCUAAUUUGAACGCACUAAAAUUUAAUAUAUUUUCUUAUAAAAUCACAUUAAACAUUUUCAAAAUAAAUUUAAAUUUAAUUUAAAAAAUUGAUUUAUCGAAAUUAAAAAAGCUAAAAAAAUAUAUUUAAUUCACAAAUUUAAAAUUUCAAACUGUUUUAAAUAUACAAACAUAAAUACAUAUAUGGAAAACAAAAAAAAACAUCUUGGUGAUACGCAAAUUCGCUUAAGAGCAUAAAACAUAUAUUAGAUAAUUACUAAAAAUAUAUUUACCACACACUUUUGUGAAUUUAGACUUGUAAGCUUUGCCUUGCUAUUGUGUUCUUACACACACAUACAUACAUAUACUUAAGAAACUAAAAUUUAGUUGUUAAAACGCAUUAAAUGUUUUUUCCCUUUGUUGUUGUGUAUAAGUAUGUAGCUUUUAUAUAUCAUUUUGUAAAUAUGUGCGUAGUAUAACACCAACAAAUCUCUAAAUCUAUUUUCUACACUUUCUGCUCUUCCGCUGACUUAACUACUAUCUUCUACGUAACUUCUGUAUAUAUAAUUGUAUUUUAUUUCUUAUUCUAGGUUAAUGAUUGAGGCAAGACAGCGUAAAAAUAUAAAUAUAAAAAUUAAAACGAAUGUUUUCGCUAGCUACGUGUGAAAAUAAUUAAAAACAAGCCUUGAAGUAAAUAAAAAAAAAAUGUUUUAAUAAAAUUUUGUGAAAUUAGUUAAA